AUGACUAAGGUGAGGAAGAAUAAAGCCAACCAAUAUCCGGAUUAUGUUAGAAAAACAGAUCCUGGGCUAAGCAAGAUCUUGAACGAGGUCCAGGUAGAUCCUGCUCCGCAUCUGAAGCGAUGGAAGAGGGAAAAGAGUUCGAUGGCAUUUGUGGUGAGAAUGAACGGUCUGCCUGCUCUACAGGCCUCGGAAGAAGAGGAGAUUCUGGACGGAAUCAUCGACGACGUGGACUACAACACGUUAAUGAAUGCAGGUUGUUUCAAUCUGCCAUCAAUGAAGGUGUGCUGGGAACUGAUCAAGGUGUAUUUUUCCGAAGUAUAUCCUUCAAGUCCGAUCCUCGACAAAGACCGGUUUAUGGCCGAGUAUAGAGAUCUUACCAAGGGUCCUAGUAUUUUGCUACUGCAAACUAUUCUAUUUGCUGGCGCGUUCACGUGCUACCGCCGUGAGACCGAAUUGGACCUCCCGUUCGACCAGAUCACAGACAUAUCUUUCACGCUCUACCGAAGAGCACGGUUGCUGCUUAAUAUGGGAUUCGACCUGUAUAACGCGAUUCCAUUGAUGCAAUCUCUGGUGAUCUUCAACUCUGUUCCCAGCGGAUUUGGCGACGGAGACACGGCGUACCAGCUCAAGCAGGCCAUCACCACGUGCUGCUCGUUCGGAAUGCAUCUUGACCAGUCGGAAAAUAAGCAGCUCACCGACUACGAAAAGUACAUGUACCGGCUUAUUUGGGCGCAGCUUUUCAUCACAGACCACUCGCGGGCGAUUGUCGCGUCUUUCGAUGUGACGUUGAGGCGUUCGGGCUGCACGGCCAAGAUGUUCACGCGAGACGAACUAUACACGCUCGACAAUGUCCAAAAGGACUAUUUUCUCUUUGCAUAUGAGCUGUCUCUCAUUGUGGAAAAACUCGCUAGUUACUUAGACACAGUCACGCAGAAAAUGCUGACCGGCGAAUCCACGCUGCAUCUUAGCGAAGAGGCCCAUUCGCUGCUUCAAGGUUUCUACAUCUCGCUGCCUC